AUGGCCAUGAGCUCAACAAAUUCGAUGGAUGAGGGGCCGAUUGAAGUCGAAGUGCCUAUGACCUCGAGUCCACAUUCCCUUUCAAAAGCUGUCUAUGCCCGGCGACACGAAUAUACUCGGUCACAGAGAAUCAAAAUAAAGAUUGGUUGCUGGAAUGUUGCUGCUUGUCCUGGAACUGAGAAAGAUCUCGCGGGAUGGUUCGUCCAAGGGAAAGGGAUCGACAAAAGACUAGCUGGGCUUAAAUUGGCCAAUGCGAUCGAGAAGGAUAAUAGCCAGGCAAAUAUAGAAAGUGUCGACGAACAGGAAUCAAGAAGGAAUAAAAGAGAAUCCACAAUUCCGCAUGGCGAUCAGGGCAUAAUUGCUGGAGGAGAAGAUAUCGGCUUGUAUGUUUUGGGACUACAAGAAGUUGUUGAGCUCACGUCUGCGAGGGAGUAUAUUGGCAAAGUUUAUUCAAAUAAUGAUCCUGCAACCACAUGGAGGAAAUGCCUUCUUGCGGCUUUGCCAGAAGGUUAUACUUUGGUAGCCGAACAACAGCUCUCUGGUUUACUCAUGUUCAUAUUUGCUUCUCCAACUGUUGCGCCUACAAUAAGUUCUGUUAGUACUGUCAGUGUUGGGACUGGAUUUAUGGGAUAUCUAGGAAACAAGGGCGCUGUCACUACGAGAAUAGUACUUAGCGAAACAACUCGACUAGUAUUUGUCAAUUCACAUUUGGCUUCGGGGACGGAUAAGGCACAUUUGGAUAGACGUAUCUGGGAUGUUUCGCAAAUAUUGCAAAGAACGCGUUUCGAUCCUAUAAGUCGAGGUGGGGUUUUAGAUGAUACUCAGGAGAGCAUUGGGGACGAGGACUUUGCUUUCUGGUUUGGAGAUUUAAAUUUCAGGUUGGAAGGUUUACCUGGAGACGAUAUUCGACGAUUGUUAAUGCUACAUACGAAAGGAGAAUAUGACAUAGGAGCGCAAUCAAGAAGGAAUAUCGAUAACGAAAUCAAUGCUAGCGAAGGACCGAUUGUAAUAAGGCCUGUUGAUAGUGACGACGAAUCCGAGGAAGAGACACGCAAAAGCAGUAGUACAUUCGACCCGAAUGAUGAUUCUUCUACCGUGACAACGCUUCCAGAUCCGGAUGAAUUUAUACAAGAUCCCAGCCAAGAUCCCGCCUCAUUACAGGCUACCAUUGAUUCAUUAUUACCACAUGACCAAUUGAGGCAUGUUCAGAGGGCUCGAAAGGCAUUCCACGAUGGAUGGAGAGAAGGGCCCGUAACAUUCCUCCCAACGUAUAAGUACGAUGUAGGAAGCAUGGGAAUUUUUGAUUCUAGUGAGAAGAAGAGGGCACCAAGUUGGUGUGACAGGAUUUUAUUCCGAACACGGAGAGACAAGCUGGCAUUCGAUUCCAAGAUAAAUGAAGAAGUAUUAGCAAGGAAAAAAGAUGAAGAAAUGAGGGCCCAAGGAAUCGACCAUGCCGCAGAUGAUGAAGAUGUUCUUUUCAGCUAUGAUCCAGAUGAAGACGGCGAGCAAAACACCACACCUUCUAGGAGUGAUGAUUAUGACGAAUAUGAUGAAUACGACGAGACGGAGGAUAAUGAAGCAGCACCAGUGAUAACUAAAGAUGGAUUUGUGGAUCGAAUAAAUUUGGAUGUUUACACAUCACAUCAACGAGUCCUAUCAUCAGAUCACAAACCACUCGAUGCCGUCUUUACAUUAGAAUAUGAUGCAGUUGUACCGGAGUUGAAAUCCAAAGUACAGCAAGAGGUUGCAAGAGACCUUGACCGAGCAGAAAAUGAAUCCCGGCCUGGAAUAACCAUUGUUGUGGAGCAUCCACAGAAUGCAGAGGAAAGUCAACGAAACGAUAAACCUCGUAAAAAUUCUAAUGACGGAAAUGGAGUAAUUAAUUUUGGUAACAUUGAGUUCGAUCACCGAAAAAUUAGAAAUAUAACGAUCGCAAAUACUAGUCAAGUCACAUCCACAUUCGCGUUUGUUGAUAGACCUGGUGUCGAAGGCCAAGAAGACAGAAUCGCUCCGCCAUGGCUCAAUGUGUGGUUUGCUGGGCAUUCCCUAGAUGAAGAUGAUAGAGAUGUACAACAUCUCAAGCGAGAGAUUACUCUGGAACCUGGAGAUGCCAUUAAUGUUACAUUGGAGGUUUUAGUCGAUGACUUCUCCUCUGUAAAGUCACUAAAUGAUGGAGAUGUCUCACUCGAAGAUGUAUUGGUAUUACGGGUCACAGAUGGAAGAGAUCAUUUUGUUCCAAUAAAAGGAAAUUGGCAGCAAUCUUGUCUUGGACGAUCUGUUGAUGAACUCAUCCAUGUACCAGAAGGCGGCGUACGAGCGUUAUCACCACAUCCACAUGGUGAACCUGGGCCUCCUGUUAACAGAGGCCAAGAGGUGACGUGGUCUGCACCACGAGAGCUACUUAAACUCACACAGGUCAUCGAUUCUCUCACGGAUCGCGUGGUUGCUGAUUCAAACAUGUUAGAAGGCGCUAUAAUCCCUAGAGAUUCUCCAAGCUGGCCAUUUGAUGAGAAGACUUGGCGAUUUAAAGACAAAUCUGCUAGGGAUACUUUGAGAGGCAAGGUAUUGACAGCCCUAGAUUCAGAUCAGAGUAUAUUUGAUGUAUUUCCUGUCGAGGUUCCAGCUGCUCACCGAUUAGAGAUUGUGGCCGAAGUUCUCACAAUAUUCUUGCGCAAUCUCACCGACGGCAUCAUACCUACAAACUUAUGCGAGCAAAUUGACGCAGGAAUGGCAGCACAACCGGUAAAUGCUUUAUCUGAUAUCGAAGAAACUAAAGCAUGGGUUUUAGAUGUACUAUCUUCUUUACCGCAUCACAAUAUCUCUUUUGUAUUCCUUACAUCGACUCUAUCACGAGUAGCAGGAGAACUAGCACCAAUUCCAAAAGUGAGACGUUCUCUUGAUACAGCAGUUCGCAGCAGUUUCGAUUCUGUGAAGAGAACUCUCAGUUGGAAGGGAAGAGCAGCGCCGCUUCCGGAAGAUCCGGCUGCCGUCAGGAGAAGGGAAGUCAAUAGAGCUUUUGCGGAAGCAUUUGUGGGAACAGUCUUUAGGAAAAAUGUACCAACUAAUCAGAAAGACAAGAGAAUCUUGGAAGAGAGAAGGAGAGAUAUAUUGGAAGCUUUCUUGAAAGGCUUCGUCCCUUGA